ACGCGUGUCGCGAGGCAAACAAUCAAGCCCAAGCUUAGCGUAGCGUAGCCUUAGGUAGUUAGCUCACCUGGGCCAUCCCAGCCACCACAAAGCAAUGCAAUGUUCCUGUCAGAACUUCCCCGCCUGUCAGUUGAUUUGGUCCCCGGAUUUUCUCAUCAUAUGUCCCACACUCCACCGUCGAUUCAAGAUGUCCAAUGCAAGGCCUAAGCAUAGCUUCAUUUGCCGGGUGUGCCAGAAAAGCUACACAAAAUCCGAGCAUUUGCAGAGACACGAGAGAACCCAUACCGGGGACAAACCAUUUGUCUGCUCGACAUGCGGCAGGGCCUUCGCGCGUUCUGACUCUUUGACGCGGCACAUGCGUAUUCGUAAGUGUUCCGAGUAUGCCAGGAUGCCAAUUUCAGCCUCAGACUUUGCACAGUUGCUCGCUCCCUUACAUGGGCCGUUGAAUCAGCACUACCUCUUUGCGCAAAUUAUGUAUGUCUUAGCAUAGGAUUAUGAUCAGCUAAUUUGAUGCUAUGCCUAGAUGACAAAGCAAGCAACUCCGUUCAAUAUGCUCAACAACAUAGCACUACCACAUAUAACAAUGAUGCAGCAAGUCUAAGUGGUGGCAGCGACAUU